AACCCACAUUAAUUGCAUUCUUUUUUUUUGUGCUUACACCUUAAUUGGUAGCCCAAUUUAGUUAAACACUUACUUUGUUUUUAAAAAAUUGAAAUAACAAAGAAACAAGUCUGUAAUCAUUAUUUGCAAUUUACUGAAUUACAUCUUGUCAUUGGUGGAAUUCAAAUUUCCAAAAUUUGGGUUUGUUUUUCUUUUCUUUUUCCUGAUUUGCUUGUGUUCAUCACUUGUCGAACAAGUACCAGGUCUAUGCGACAGAAAAAAUGACUCGACAGGGAAUAGAGCACUGGUCAUCAGAGCACGUAGAUGACGAUUAAUUAUUUAUAGGUUAUUAUUGUUCCUUGUUUUAAUUAAGUGGUUGUGUUGUGAUACUCGGACGUAAUCAAAUAUCACAUAAACGUAAAUCACGAUUUUACACGAAAACGAAGAGGCGAAGUAAUUGGAUCGCACGGUCAUUGCCACGAUGCAGAGAGAACUGACUGAGAACAAACCAAACGUUACACCGAAAUGAAAGACGAACAAUGCGUCUCUGGUACCCGCUUUUAGCUUUGAUUUGCCAAUUUUUGUUUUGCUGUAAAGCUCUAGACAAAGGGUCAACUACUGAGCAACAGGAAGCAUCACUGCUAAAAUUUUUCAAACUGAAUGGCGAUGACCAAGUUGUAAGAAACACGGGAAUUAACCUCACAAACAGGAACGAGACUUUGAACUAUUCACGAGAUUGUAAUCAGCUCUUCAAGGGAAUAUGCGCUCACAAAUUGAAGAGUAAAAGUAACAAUGUUAAAAAGUCGUUCCGUCCCAAUGAUUACGAUGACGAUGAUUACGAUGACGACGGUGAAGCUUCCGACGACGAGGAAUUUUCAGAGGAGGCACGUGAUCACGAAAAGUUAUUCGACGACGAAGCAGGGGAUGAUGGGGAUUACGGGCCACGGCAUGAAAGGCCUGGGUUUGAUGAUGGUAUAGACAGUGAUAUGGACGCAGAUUGGGACUGGGAAUCGCCAAGGCAAUAUUACGGAAAACAUGACAGGGAAAGAUGGAGAUCUCAUCACCUACCGGACUAUGACGAUGACUACGAACCCAGUUAUCCCCUUUACUAUCGCCAUCAUCCAAGACACACUCAUUAUCGUCAUCGUCGUCGUCAUCAUUAUCAAGCUCCCGCGCAUGCGUACUACAGAACACUCAGCCACACGGCGCCUCCCUGGCUCAUUUAUUCUCAGGGAUAUUCCGGCAGAACUCCUGUAUCAACUCCAGCUUUUUUCCCCUUUGUCUCAAAUUCCGCAGUCACGGGUUGGCUACAACCUCCUGCCUCUUACAGUACGGCGUGGCAGCCUCAAUAUUAUCUUAAUCAGAGACCUGCAGCGAAUAUCUUUAAAGUUCGACUUGCAGCAGCUGGCAGCUGGGGCCCUUAUCAACAAAACGUGCACAACCAUCCGCAUCGAGAAUCCAACUCCUUUUUCAUUCCACCAUAUCCUCUUUCAUCAAAUCCACAUCUACAGGUUACCACACGGAACCACGUGGGAUUUUCUCCUGCAAAUUUUCUCCCUGGGAUAACAGCAUCUGUUACCCCAAUAUCUCACUACAUCUAUCAAUACCCUCGGGUAAUUUAUAACUCUAGACAUUUUGCUGGUCCUUUUUCUAGAUCGUUCCCAAAGCAUCGAGAGUUUUCUGACGCGGUUCUUAACAGAAUUAGAGAUCAAAACCUUCACUGAGUAAAUCAGUGUACCAAACCCCUCCUUUUUGGAUUUGGAUAGUAGUAACAGAAGUAUUUAAUACCAACAUUUGCUACAAAUUCUUGAGGAAGGAACUUAAAGUUGGCCUGACUUGUUUAAUACCUCGUUUGAAACUCUGAAAAUGCCACCACAAGAGAGUCGACCAUGCAAAAUCAGAGAGAGCCGUUCGAACCAGAACAAAGUUUUUGUAUAGAGGCGAACUUACUAUAGAAUGAAAUGUUGUUUCAUUUGACACCACCGCCGUAAAACUGGAAAGAAAACAAAAAUGUAAGGUGCGAGAUAAGUAUUUUCCCUUUAAUCGAAAAGUUUCUUUGCAGAAAGAAAGGAGCAUGUAUGAUCAUUUUUGAUUUUCUAGGAAUGUCAUUAAGUGCAUUGAUAUCAUACAUGCACGAACAUAUGUACAAAUGAUUUACUUGAUGAAAUAAAAUAUUUCCAAACUAAUUGUGCUUCUUGCUUCUCGCUAUGUAUCCUUAGACGUAGACGUUUUUCGCCACGUGGUGACAAGCGGACUCAAAGCUGACCGGAUGAGGCGCAGUUGGCUCCAAAUUGGGCGGAGUGGCCCCUGAGAACAGCUGUGCAUGAGCUGGAUUGAUCAUUUUAACAUCUGCUGAGCAGGAUGUGCUCGAUAACGCAGAUUCAGUGGGCCGCGUUGGUUGAGCUGUGGAGCUUGAUAUUGGCAACAAGGCUAUAAGAUUUGGUUGUGGAAGAGGGUGCAGUGAAGGGGUUGAGACAGCGGUUGUCCGGGGAAGUC